AUCCUCCAUCCGUCAAGGAUUGCGCUCUACCUGCUACCGGACCCUAGCAUCUCUUGAGGGAAGGGCAGACGACGACUGAUUGCCACAGAUUCACAUUUGUUUGGCAGACAACAUUUUUAGCCCUCGUUCUAGAGUAUAACAUCCCCGCCGCUCACUUCUGUUGCGCUCUCAUCACUUGGUUGCAUUGAGGUGAUAUAAAGGAGCGAGAUGAUGAUCCAGCUCGGAGUCUAAUGCAUUUUUGCUCAUUGACCAUCUUGUUGCUCCGGACUUACAUGAUCGGCAAUGGGAGAUAUUGAUUCGCAAGGGAGCGACGCGUUUUAUUUCUAAAGGAUGUUUCCAAGUAUGUGGGAAAAAUAGCCAUAGCUGUCAGAGUGCAAGGCCAAAUGACAUAGGAUGAAGGCUAUUCGUAAUCUGUUGAUUUAUAUAUUUUCCACCUAUCUCCUGGUUAUGUUUGGAUAUACUGGCGGCCAAGAUUUCUGGUGUUCCACACUGGUGAAAGGAGUUAUCUAUGGAUCUUACUCGAUGAAUGAAAUGUUCCCCAAGAACUUCACAAACUGCACGUGGACGUUGGAGAACCCUGAUCCCACCAAAUACAGCAUCUACCUAAAACUUGACAAACAAGAAAUAAGCUGCUCGGAGUUCUCCCUGCUGGCUUACCAGUUCGAUCACUUCUCUCACGAGAAGAUCAACGAGCUGUUGAGGAUCAACGAGUCCAUCGUGCACCUGUGCGACGACGCCAAGAAUAUUCACGUGUUUUUGCAUUACGACAAGAAUUUUGUGCAGCUCCGGAGGGCGUUUCCAUACGAUUACAAUGGAUUGCCGACGAAGAAGAUGGAUGAAGAGGAAAGGUCGGUGGUGGAGUUUGUGGUUUUGAACAAGGCGAGCCCCAGUCAGUUUGGAUGUCAGGUGUUGUGCACGUGGUGCAAAGACGAGUCGUGUGGAAUAGUCUACACCAAAUGCUCGUGUCCGCAGCAUUUAGGCGACGGGGAAUCUGAAAGCGUGCUGAUGCUCAGUAACGUGGUGUUGCCUUUAAAUCCUCAAACCGAAGGAUGCCUGACUCCUCAGGUGCGCUCGGCGCAGGUGUGCAACCUGAGCGCGGAGGUGCGGCGCCCGUCCAAGGAGGAAUAUGGAAUGAUCGGAGAACAUACUGUUAAAAGUCAGCGACCGAGAUCAGUACUUGACACAAAGAACCUACAGGAGCGAGAUGAGUCUGCUAAAUUUAUGGCACAAACUGGUGACCCUGGUGCUGAGGAGUGGUCCCAGUGGAGCUCUUGCUCAGUUACAUGCGGUCAAGGGUCGCAGGUGCGAACAAGAACGUGUGUCUCACCUUAUGGAUCACACUGCAGCGGCCCUUUAAGAGAAUCCAGGGUGUGCAAUAACACUGCCCCCUGCCCAGUGCACGGCGUGUGGGAGGAGUGGUCCCCGUGGAGCCUUUGCUCUUUCACCUGCGGGCGGGGUCAUCGCACCCGCACUCGGAUGUGCACUCCGCCCCAGCACGGAGGAAGGGCUUGCGACGGACCCGAGACCCAAAGCAAGCUCUGCAACAUUGCUCUCUGCCCAGUGGACGGACAGUGGCAGGAGUGGAGCGCUUGGAGUGAUUGCUCAGUGACCUGUUCCAACGGGACACAGCAGAGGAAGAGGCAAUGCUCGGCAGCCGCACACGGAGGAUCUGAGUGUAGAGGACACUGGGCGGAGAGCAGAGAAUGCUCUAAUCCUGAGUGUACAGCAAAUGGGCAAUGGAACCCUUGGGCACCAUGGAGCGGGUGCUCAAAGUCCUGCGACGGCGGUUGGCAGCGGAGGGUGCGCGUGUGCCAGGGACAGGCGGUCACGGGGCAGCCGUGCGAUGGCAAUGGAGAGGAGGUCCGCAGAUGCAGCGAGCAGCGUUGCCCAGCUCCUUAUGAAAUCUGUCCAGAAGACUACUCUGUGUCCAUGCUGUGGAGAAGAACUCCCUCUGGGGAACUGGCCUUCAACAGGUGUCCACCCAAUGCCACAGGCACCACUAGUCGACGCUGCUCGCUGGAUCACCGCGGGGUGGCCUAUUGGGAACAGCCCAGCUAUGCUCGAUGCAUCACAAAUGAAUACAGAUACCUGCAACAAUCAGUCCAGGGGCACCUUGCUAAAGGUCAGAGGAAUCUGGCAGGGGGUGGCAUGUCCCAAGUUACAAAGGUCCUGUUGAAUCUCACCCAGGGACGCAAUUUCUACGCCGGUGACCUUCUGUCCUCAGUGGAGAUUCUUCGGAACGUUACGGACACCUUCAAAAGAGCCAGCUACGAACCCUCUUCUGAUGACGUGCAGAAUUUUUUCCAGAUCAUCAGUAAUCUUCUAGAGGAGGAGAACAGGGAGAAGUGGGAAGACGCACAACAGAUAUACCCAGGAUCAGUGGAGCUAAUGCAGGUCAUCGAAGAGUUCAUCCACAUCGUUGGGCUGGGAAUGAAGGACUUUCAGAACACCUACCAGAUGACAGGAAACCUGGUUGCCAGUAUACAGAGGCUGCCUGCUGUGUCUGACAAGACUGAUAUUAACUUCCCCAUGAAGGGUCGGAAAGGGAUGGUAGACUGGGCCAGAAACCCAGAGGACAAAGUCGUCAUUCCCAAAGGAAUCUUUGUACCCCAGACAGCAGAUAUGGAAGGAUCUCCUGUCUUCAUUCUUGGGACGGUCCUCUACAAAACUCUUGGCCUUAUGCUGCCUGCUCCACGGAAUAACACCGCUGUGAACUCAAAAGUGAUCACUGUGACCGUCCGACCAGAACCCAGAGUUACGGAGACCCAGCUGGAGAUUGAGUUGGCUCAUCUAGCUAAUGGAACAAUGAACCCGUUCUGUGCACUGUGGGACAGCUCUGUUAUGAACGAUUCUUGGGGCAGCUGGAGCUCUAAAGGAUGUAGAACUGUGCUCACCGAUGCAUCCCACACCAAAUGCUUAUGUGAUCGGGUAUCUACCUUCGCCAUUUUGGCUCAACAACCCAGAGAAAUAGCUAUGGAGUACUCAGGGGUCCCAUCAGUGACACUCAUAGUAGGAUGUGGUGUGUCCUGUCUGGCCUUGAUCACAUUGGCCGUGGUGUAUGCUGUUUUGUGGAGGUACAUCAGGUCUGAGAGAUCAAUUAUCCUGAUCAAUUUCUGCCUUUCAAUCAUCUGCUCCAACAUUCUGAUCCUGAUUGGACAGACGCAGACACAUAAUGCGGGCAUAUGCACGAUGACAACUGCAUUUCUGCACUUCUUUUUCCUGGCGUCCUUCUGCUGGGUUUUGACAGAGGCUUGGCAGUCCUACAUGGCCGUGACGGGAAAAGUUCGGACGAGGCUCAUCCGGAAACGUUUCCUCUGUCUGGGAUGGGGAUUGCCUGCCCUGGUUGUCGCCAUCUCAAUGGGAUUCACAAAAGCGAAAGGAUACGGGACGCCCCAAUACUGUUGGCUAUCUCUGGAAGGCGGUCUUCUGUAUGCGUUCGUGGGACCUGCUGCCGCAGUGGUGCUGGUUAACAUGGUCAUUGGUAUUCUGGUGUUUAACAAAUUGGUUUCGAGAGAUGGGAUCCUGGAAAAGAAGCUUAAACACAGAGCAGGGCAGAUGAGUGAGCCCCAUACAGGAUUAACUUUAAAAUGUGCCAAAUGUGGUGUGGUCUCAACUACUGCUUUAUCAGCAACAACGGCCAGCAACGCCAUGGCGUCUUUGUGGAGUUCCUGUGUUGUUCUGCCUCUCUUAGCUCUCACCUGGAUGUCUGCAGUGCUGGCUAUGACGGACAAACGUUCCAUUUUAUUCCAGAUCCUCUUUGCCGUCUUUGACUCCCUGCAGGGCUUUGUAAUAGUCAUGGUCCACUGUAUCCUCAGAAGAGAGGUUCAAGAUGCCUUCAGAUGUCGCCUUAGAAACUGUCAAGACCCCAUCAGCGCUGACGCGACCGGCACGUUCCCCAAUGGACAUGCGCAGAUCAUGACUGACUUUGAGAAAGACGUGGACAUCGCCUGUCGAUCAGCUCUCCACAAAGACAUGGGCUCUUGCCGGGCAGCCACCAUCACCGGUACCCUCUCUCGCAUCUCUCUGAACGACGAGGAGGAAGAGAAAGGUCCCGAGGGGCUCAAUUACUCCACGUUGCCUGGCAACAUCAUGUCUAAAGUGAUCAUCCAGCAGCCCUCCGGACUUCACAUGUCCAUGGGCAUGGGCAAUCUGGGGGAGCAGUGUUUGGACAGCACGGCCGACAUGCGGAGGGCCAUGUACCUGUGCACGGACGACGCCACCAGGCAGAACGAGCAAGAGCUAAGCGCCCACGACCUGAGCGGCCACCCCCAGCCGGGCCAGAUGGAGACGGACUACAUCGUCCUGCCCCGCAGCUCGGCGGCCGGCUCCAGCAGCGUUCCAACACUGCUGAAAGAUGACGGCAAGAUGAACAUCACCAUGGACUCUCUGUCGCACGAGAGGCUGAUGCAUUACAAGAUGGGGACCGAGUUUAACCUCGGGCAUUCGGGGAUGGACCAGCAGUACCCGGGCCAGGCCGAACACAUGCAGAACCUGCCGUUCGAACCGCGCACGGCCGUGAAAAACUUCCUGGCGGAGAUGGAGGAGAGCGGAGGGCUGUCUCGGAGCGAAACCGGCUCCACUGUAUCCAUGAGCUCUUUAGAGAGAAGGAAGUCGAGGUACCAGGAUUUAGACUUCGAGAAAGUCAUGCACACCAGAAAAAGGCAUAUGGAGCUGUUCCAGGAACUCAAUCAGAAAUUUCAAACCCUGGACCGAUUUCGAGACAUACCAAAUAUGGGCGGCAUGGACAAGAUAAUGCAGAACAAGAACCCCUGGGAGAGCUUCAACCCGGCGAGCGAAUACCAGAACUACUCCACAAUGAAUGUACUAGAACCCGACACAAAGAACUCUCUGGAGAUGACUAACGCCGAGUGGGAAAAGUGUGUCAGUCUCCCGCUGGACGUGCAGGAGGGAGAUUUUCAGACGGAAGUCUGAGGAAUAAUGAGGCGUAUGAGACGGUGGACAUAUUUUGCACUGAACAAAAACACUGAAGACUUUUCACGCAGCCUUGGAACGACAUAUCUGGAUUCUAGGAGAAUAGCAGGGACGAUACGUGCCAAUAAGAUUUUAAAAAACAAAGGCGCAGGAUAAGAAGACUUUAGAAAAAGACAAAAAAACAUCUGUGUUAUCUUUUCUUUUGUAUUCGCACUCGUGUAUUUAGUGGGGGGCAGACAUGUACAAUAUCGAACAUCGCGUGUUUCAAACGUACCAAUCGGAAAAGAUUGGGUCCUGAUAUCUCGAGUCCCAGAUGAGAGAAAUGAACAAGACACAACGUGUGACGUCCACCCACGAGCGGCAGCGGGUUCACGUUCGACUGGAGACGAGCCCGGCAACACAAUGUAUAUACUUGAGCAGGUUUUUAAAAACGUUUAUAACAAGUCCGUUUGGCCAUUACUACACUUUUUACUUUAUAAUACGAAAAGAGAAAACUAUUCAGAGGCAAAGAGAGAUUUCACUGUCAUUUAAAAACGAAUGUUUGUCAAGCUACAUUCUUCAUUGCUUUAAAUGCAAUAAAGGUAAUACUCACUUUUUUAUGAAUAAUAUAUUUCAAAACUUUAAUACUGCAGAAUCUGCUUGGAAGCUCAGUAAAGCUCUCUCAUCUGCAGCCCUGUAUAAAAUAUUUAAAAAUCCAAAAUGUUGUAUGGUGUAAAUAAAACUUUUGUCUACAUAUGUUUUACUUGUGCCAAGUUUAUUUUAAUGAGAAAAGAGAAAAUGCCAACAUGAUGAGAGAGUUAUAGCGAAAAAUGUUAACAUUUGAAAACGGAAUGUAAAUAAAAGAGGAAAUAUGUUCGUACUGCUUCAGAGAGCUUGUCAA